AUGGACCAAAAAUAUGAUUCGACCGGAUCUCAACCCUCAAAGAAGAUGAUCUCUCAGCUACUAAUAUCCGUUUCACUGUUUUCCUUCCUAGUCUCCUUCUCCUCGUCUCUACUCCACCCCUCCCCCAAAUUCCACCACUACUUCUCCUUCCACCUCCUCACCCACGCACUCAGCAAAAACUGCCUCUUCCUCAUCUGCAACGGCCUCCUAGUCUUCCUCGCCAAGACCUCCGGCUUCAUUCAGCCUCCCGCCGCCCGCGAUCUCAACGAUAAGCGGAUCGCCGACGCCUUGCUGCAGACAGCUCUCGAUAGAUUUCAAUUGGAGGAGCACGCCGAUGCCGGAGAGAAGAGCUCCAAAGAGGUCUCCAUUUUCAUCGCUGAGGAACGAGGAGAAGAUCGCCGUGAUUCCGCGGAUGUGGACAAGGAUGGAAAUUCUGCAAGUUAUUGCUGGCUUUUCCACGACGAUGUGGAAGAGCUGUACGAACAAGACAACGAAGAAGAAGGAGAAGAUGAUAAUGAUGAACAAGUGGAGAAGAAAGAGGAUAUGAUGAGUACGGAAGAGCUGAACCAGAAAUUUGAAGAUUUCAUAAGGAAGAUGAAAGAGGAGAUUAUAAUUAAUGAAGCUAGGCACAAGGUGCUUAUGCUUAAAUAA